GAGUUAAUAAGCUUGUUACUGCUACUUCCUAACUGGUGCAUAGAUAAUUUAACGCCGCUUGUGCGGCAAUCUCCAUCUAUAUGUGACCUGCAAAAGAUAAAUCCUUAAAUAGUAGGUCAAUUGCGAAGCUUUGUUAGUGAUGAUCCGAUGAUCAAGAACCGAAGCACCUUCAAGAUUGGAACUGCAGAGUGGUCGGGUUCUCAGAUGUAAGCUGCACAACAUUAAGCUAUCUCCCCAUCGAUAUUGCACACUUUAACUUGUUACCAUAUUUAGUUCUUUUGUAUGCCUUUAUAGUGGCUUGUUAAUUUACACUGCUGGUUCCUGCAACCUUUUACAAAUUGGUAAAAAUGAAAAUUGAGAGAGGAAAAUUUGUGCUGAAGCUUUAUUCGUCCUUUGGUUAAGUGAUUACUGAAUGAAAACAAAUUUAAAAAUAGUAAUAAGGUUUUUGUUCUAUCAAACACAAUCAAGAUUUGUUAGCUUGCUUGCUGCUGCUUAGAUCAAUAUUGGUUUCUCACAUCAACUAUGCUAAUGUUGAGGUGAUAAUCAGUCUUUCACUAGCAUAAGGAUGUAUAUGCAGACUAAUUUUUGUCUCCGUUGCAUGGCAUUUGUGUUGUUGUAUACUGCUCAAGUACUGCUUAUGAGAUUGCUUGAACUUUAUCCUAGAGCCUCAAGAGUUGUCGUUGGCCAAAGCUACAUCUAUCUUUCUUUCAGUGUUUUGCUGGAACUGAUAACGUUUCGAGUCUGCAGAAGAAUGAAUCAUAGAAAGUUAAUGUGUGCAUCCAUGGUUGUGGUCUUGACACGGCGGAGCGGACCUCGCUCGGGAAGCUGCUGCAGCCGGUAGACUAUUGAUUGGAACUUUUAGGUCAAUCCCUGUUUUGUUCCCAUGCUUGAAAUUGAUGGUCUUCAUUUUGUUGGUUGUGACAAAAGUCAAAACCGGAUGGAGGUGUUUAGUUGUGGAGCAGAUUGCGGGUUUUGAAUUUCUUUUCCAAAUGUCGUCUUCACGCCCACCGCGGAGGGGUGGUGACCGAAGAGAUAGUGGCAAAGGCGUCCCUUGUGGGCUCUGCUCCUAUCUCGCGGAUUGGGCUGACAUGUUACUAAGGAUGUAUGUAAGAUGGGGAGAGAAGCAGCGUUAUAAGACACGAGUAGUUGAGAAAUCACCUGGUGAACAGGCCGGUAUAAAAUCAGCAACUGUUGAACUAGAGGGGAGAUAUGCUUAUGGCUAUCUCUCUGGCGAGAAAGGGACACACAGGAUUGUUCGUCAAUCACCAUUUAAUGCUAAAGGGCUUCGGCAGACAAGCUUUGCUGGUGUUGAGGUUAUGCCUCUUCUACCAGAGGAAUCCAUGGCUGUGGACAUACCUGAAGAGGACCUGGAGAUAAGCUUCACAAGAGCUGGAGGUAAAGGAGGCCAGAACGUGAACAAGGUGGAAACGGCUGUUCGCAUGGUUCAUAUUCCAACUGGAAUUGCAGUUCGCUGCUCAGAGGAGAGGAGCCAGCUGGCCAACAAAAUAAAGGCCCUCAGCCGGCUCAAAGCGAAGCUGCUGGUGAUCGCCCUGGAGCAGCGUGCAUCAGAAAUCAAGCAGAUCCGUGGAGACAUUGUGAAGGCAGAGUGGGGGCAGCAGAUACGCAACUACGUCUUCCACCCCUACAAGCUCGUCAAGGAUGUCAGGACAGGGUGUGAGACGUCGGACAUCACUGGCGUAAUGGAUGGAGAGCUAGAUCCCUUUAUCAGAGCAUACCUUAAGUACAAGCUAACUGCGGCAGCUACCAGCUGAUUUUUGUUGAGGAGCAUAGCGAUGAGUGAUACCUACAUCCAUUGUAUUAUGUUGUAGUAUGAGGUUUUCAUCUCUCUCUUGAUUUAGUAUAAUUUCAUAGCACUAGCAAUCUAGCAUUGUAUUUAUUGAUCUA